AUGUUUGACGGAGCAACGGAUGUAUCUAUUUGUAAAAAUGAGAUUGUUUAUGCCCGGUUUGUUGACAAUGGGGUCCCAAAGGUUUUGUACGUGAAAAUUCAAGAUGUUGAACAUGCCCAUGCUGCUGGUGUUUUAGAGGCAAUAGAAAAGUCCCUUGAUGGAAUACAGGAAGAGUGGACUUGGAAAGAGAAACUAAUAGCCACUGCGUCAGAUGGAGCGAAUGUGAACAUUGGAAGAAAAAAUAGUGUGGUAGCACUUUUGAAAAACGAUGUUCCUCAUUUGCUUUCUAUGCACGGUGUUUGCCAUCGACUUGAACUGGGAACCCUUGAUACCAUGAAAGCGCGGGAUGCCAAAAUAUUUGCCGAUUUAAAAUCUGUUCUACUGAAUCUCCAUAAACACUACCAUUAUAGCCCAAAGGCUUUGAGAGAAGUAAAAGCUUUAUCAGAAGCAAUGGAACAAAAUAUGAUUAAGCCUGUAAAUUUACAGGGCACAAGAUGGAUGCCUCACUUAAGUGGCUGUUUGGAUGUUCUUUUGAGACAGUACCAAGUAUUUGUUGCUCAUUUUGAAAAUACAGUGCAGGGGAAAAUCGGUACUAUUGAUGUUCAAAGUCGAGCCAAACUCAUCCUUAAGCACUUGAAGAAAUACGAUCUGCUUUCCCACAUGCACUUCCUGAAAGACAUGCUUGCAGUUCUUAGUGAGUUAUCUCUUCAAUUUCAGAAAGAUGCCUGCUGCUUACCUGAUGCUAGUGAAGCUUUGGAAACAACUUGUCUUCAGCUUGUAGCAUUACAACAACGCCCUGGGAAAAGUCUGCAUACUUUUCUUGAUGAAGUCAUUCAUGAAAAUAAUGAAUAUAUGUUGAAAGGGAUCAGACUUUCACCACCAACUCUAACAGCUGAACAGCUGAAGCAGAAACAGAACACACUUGUUGAUUCAGUCUUGAAUCACAUCAACAAGAGGAUGGGUGACAUGGACACAAAUCAUCUCUUGAAGGACAUGCAGAUAUUUUACCCUAUAAACUUGCCUGCAACUGAUGCUGAACUUGCUGUGUAUGGGGAAGAUCAACUUGAAGCUCUUUGUGAGUUUUAUUCAGACGUUUUGAAUAGGUUAGAUUAUGAUGUAGAGCAUCUCAAGCAGACAGAAUGGCCAGCUUUAAAGAUUAAGAUGAAAAGAGAGCCAAACAACACAAGUAUUCAGGAUUUCUAUCACAGGCUUUUCACUAAUUCCAAUCAAAAAGAAACCCUUAAGAAUAUCCUUGUUCUGGUAGAAACAGUUCUAUGCAUCCCAGUGUCUUCUGCCAUUUGGGAACGUGGUUAUUCAGCAAUGGCAAGGAUCAAAUCAGAUUGA